GCGCGGGGUGCAGCCGGGCCACGAUGCCCGCCCUAAAGACGAGGGAGAAGCGGGUUGUAGGGUUUUCCCCGCAGGGCCAAAGCCCCGGCUCCCAGCAGAAGGGUCUCCCUGCAACUGCCUUCCAUCAGUGAAUGAGUACAGGGAAGGCCAGAAGAGGCAGUGAGCUUGCCCGUUUUCUGUCUCCUUCCUCAAAGUAGAGAUGAAUUUCUCCUUCUUGGCAAAGCAGCUUGGCACACCAGCAUCCUCGUGGUGUGCUGGAUGCCAGCACCAUCACUGCAGUGCUUGUCCAAGAUGCGCUGGGCCACAAGCAAACACAGCAACACAGGCUUACAAUCCAGGUGAUGCAGUGGGGGUGAGAGCUGCCGGGGGGGCUCACCCAUUGCCAAAAGGCCCAGGAGCCAUAGCUGCUGCUUCCAAAGCCCCAAGGGGAACCAGGCUGUGUGCCUCCAGACUGCAGCUCCUGGUGUGCCCAGCUUCAGGUGUCACAUCACACUGUCACUGCUGCUCCACGGGGACACACGGAUUACACGGCCUCCUCCCCAAAGCACAGGCCUGCAUGCUGCUAAAGGUGAUGACUUCACAGUGGAUCUGCAAGGCCAGAAAAUCACGCUUUCAGCUCCCCAGCUAAAAGCACACCCCUUUUUGACCAGCAGCUCCAAAACCUGCCCUUCAGACCUGUGUUUUUGCAAAGCAUCCGCAGCGGGAAUUAAUUAAUCAAUCAAUAAUUAAUUUGCCCACGUGGCUUUGGAUCGCACAGAGCUCUCUGCAGGUGCAGAAUUCAAUGCCAGGGAGGGGAAGGGGCCAGGCCAGGCGAUCGCUGUGCCGCCCGGGCUCACAUAACACCAGCUGCAAUGGGAGCUGCUAAGAGCUGAGCUGUCAGCCCUGCAGCGCCUCGGGUGCCAGGGGGAUGCACACACACACGGGCUCCACUUACAGAGGGGCUGGGAUGCUCUGGGUUACUCACGGCCUGAGCAGCACAACGCCUUCCCUCCUGCAGGUUGGUGCUGCACUCAAUGCUCCAAUGGCCUUCGAGUUUCCUCCAGUCCAAGCUUGCUGCUGAAAACUGAUCACUAUCACACACUGCGAAGGAUCCCAAACCAUCCCAGGUUUUAUUUUAUUUUUUUUUCCGGGCAGGACACAAUGGAGCCUUUUUAUCUCUAUGAUCUUGGAAUACAGAUAGAAAACAAAGCUAUCCAGAGGAUCCUUUGCCCCAUGGCCGCAGAGCUCUGUCAUCUAAUGCUUGCCCUGGAACAGGAAGACAGAAUGUGUCAGACCUUACCCAACAUAGAGGAGAAUGCAGAAAAAUUAGCCAAGGCCACUGAUGAACUCGCUUCUGCCGCAAGAAGGUAACUUUGCUGGGUGGUGGGUGGUACAGAUGGCAUGGGGAUGAGUUGAGCCCCGUGGCUUUUCUUCCAGAUUGGCCCAGCAGUCCAGCGACAAGGCGUACCAGGAGGAGACACAUCUCACAGCCGAGUCCCUUGUGCUGGCAGGGAGGCACGUGUUGCAGGCAGCCCGCCAGCUGCAGGGACAGCCGUUCAGCCCUAGCCACAGGGAGGUGCUGGCUGCAGCAGCAAAGGGCAUCCUAACUGAGACUGCCAAGAUCCUUCAGAUCGAAGGUGCUGCCGGGGCAAGGAGGAUAACGCAGGCUGCCAGCUGGCUGUUGGAGUGCCUGGGCACACUGCGGGAUACAGGGGACGUGCCAGGGCUGCUGGCUGCUUUCCAGGACUUUUCCAAGGCUUUGCUUCUGCUGAGCAACCUGACAGCACAGCACCUCGAGGAACUCCGAGAUUCUCCUCGACGGACCAGCUUGGCCCAGACUUUGCAGCUCCUUCACAAGUGCGUUCCUUUGCUCCACGAAUCCAAGCACAGCCACCUUAAAUGCUCCUGGGCUCAACAAGUCAACCUCUCCAAAAACGAUGCUUUCCAGCUGAUGGAGAGGACCAUCCAAGAGCUUGUUUCCUUGCUUGUUAACAGCACAGGCAGCAAGGAGCUUCAGGACGGACACGGGACCUUCUCCCAUCAUGUGCAGAGGCUGCUGGCUCUCCUCAACCACUCAGACCCAGUGCACUUCUCUGACAGCAAGUUCAGCACUCACGUGGAAGCAAUAGUUUUCUACUGCAUGCUUCUAGCAGAGAUGUGCAGGGCAGAUCUGAAGCAGGAUCUGGUAAAACGUUGCUAUGUUCUCCUACGGCUCAGAAAAAGCAUCUGCUGCCACAUAAAUCAGCAGGAAGGAUGGACAAGGCCAAGCUGGGGAGAAAGCAGCCUGCAGGAGAAAUGUCACACCAUGGGAAAGGAGGUGGAGGACCUUGACAAGGCUGUGCUCAAAGCCACUCUGCACCAAAUCCUCAACACCUUCUCCGAGGCCAAGGAGCCCUUGAGGCAGUUAGUAGAGGAAGCUCUUACCCUUGCAGGUACAGGGUGUUUUCCAGCAGGGCAGGGAGGAUUACUGAAGAAGCUUCAGCCCCUCACUGCCACCUUUUUCGCACACGCCCAGCAGAUGCUCAGAGUGACAGACUUUGUCCUGGCCAGGUGCACCAAAACCCAAACUGCUAGAGAAAUCCAUGACUGUUUAGAGUACUUAAAGAGCCUCCUUGCCAGUAUCCCUCCAGCACUCACAGAAAUGAGCAGAAAUCCAUCCCACACGAGCACUGCUCAGCACCUGCAAUCCUUGUACCAUGCGUGGGCUGGGACAACAGAAAGCCUCUUGCAGUGUUUUGAAGAGACAGUCAGCAUGCAUGAAUUCCUGAAGCUGUCCAUCCAGGAAAUGGCCGAGCACAAGGAAUGGUGUGACAAGGCCCUGCAAAGUCAGGACCCCGAAAGGCUCUCUAGCCAUGCUACCAGCCUCACCAGUUGGGCUCGGUGGGUUGCUGGAGCUGCUGCCAGGUAUGUGGAUAGAGCAACAGACCCCAUUUUCAGGAACGGCUUGCUGGUUUGGAUUGAGCAGCUGGCCACGUCCAUUCUUGAGCUGAAAGCAGCCACGGCCCUUUGCACAGAGAGAUGCUCCUGUCUCCAAACUAGGGAUGCCUUUUCAAGGACGGCGAGCUGCCUGAUGGAUACUGCUCACUGCAUUCAGGAUGGGCUGGAUGGGUCCAACCACCCAGAUAUCCUCAGCCCUCUCCGGGAACAAAUACGGAGAGCUGACGUUGCGAAGGAGCUUGAACUCAGCUCAUCCUGUGCUGGGUUAAGAAACAUUAUCGGACAAGCUAAAUUGCAAGGAGAUGUCUUCAGUCAUCCAUCUCCACAAGCAGGUAACUCACACCCAGAUGUUGUUCCAAGGAAAGGAGAAAUGCACCCUGUUGUUACAGCACUCCUUGCAGCUACCAGAGCCCAUGAUACAGCAGCUGUGAACGCUGCCUGCUCCGCCUUGCUCCAAGUCUCUAACUGCUGUAUCAAUGCAGCAAAGGAAGCACUGCCUGUUGCUGCCUCUCCCCACAUGGAGACACUGGGGCAGUACCAGAAGAUUAUUUUACUGACACCGUGUGUUAUUAGCUUGGCCAGGGAAGCAGCCCCAGGGCAGCUCCAGCAUCAAGGCAGACUUCUCCAAACUGCACUUUCCCUCUCAGAAACCAUCUGUGAGACCAAAGAGUGCCUGGCAGCCAUGGCAGGCUCUUGGUACAGUCUGUCUCAACAAGUGCUUGGUUUUAUCUUGGCUGCUGACUUUACGAGCAGCAAACAGGCUUUGGACGAGACUAUGAUGGGUUUAGCAGGAGCGGUUCAGAUAGCAGAGGACAUUGCAAGCAUGGCCUGUGAUAAGCAGAAUCCCAUUUGUCCUGAGGACUGGGAAAACUUUCUACAGGUCCAAGCCAAAUUUUCACAUGCUCAGAUGAACACCAAAGUGUUACUUGAGAAAGCAAUGUCCUUCAAGGGCCCCUGCAAGUUGGGAGAGGCCAGCCUGGAGCUGCGCUGUGUCCACUGGGCUAUCAGCAUGCAUGUGCUCCUGGGUGCUGUGGAUCAGCUCAUAGGCAGAGACAUCCUGUUCCUGAGGGAGCUAACAAGUGCCAUGGACAACAGGCUUUGUUCUCAGAGCCUCUUGGCUGCUGUGUCUGAGAUCUCCCUGAGGCUGCAGGAAGCUGCCCGGCUCUCUUACUUCACUUGCCCUGAAGACUGCGGCCGCAGUGAAAUCCUCACCCUCAGGGAAGAGAUAAAGGUGCUAACGGAAGCUCUGCUGGAUGCCUCCAAUACCCUGUUGGUCUCUCCUCUGCCUUCUGCCAGCCUGUACAUUCGCUUUGAGCUCCUGCAGAGAGACUUGGCCCUCAGGGCCAAAGCAUUACUGCUCCACCUGGAGAAGGCCAACACCAAACACCUACAAGUCAUCCGAGAUGUGGUAGGACCAGCCUUGUCUUUCUUCCCCGAAGAGUGCAGGGAGGUGAGCCAAAAAGCUUUUAAAGAGAAAGCGGGUCAGCUAUUGGCCAACAUUCAGUGGGUCAAAGCCACCCUCCAACGUGUCCUGGAGACAACCGCUCAACUGCAGUCACGGGCAGACCUGCUCUCUGUUGCAGACCACCUCCUGGUCCUCACAGCUGAUGCAGUGGACAGUGCCAGCCAGCUCUUCCAAAGCCACCAGGACAAAAGGCACCUCCACCUAGACAGCAUUGUCUGGUACUGGUCAGCUAAAGCACACUACCUCACCACGCAGCUUCAGGCCGUCCGUGGCAUCAAUGGACACAUCCUGGAACUCAUGAGACAGCACCUGCAAAACGUGGGGGACCAGUGCUCUCCAAAAGAGUGCAGCAGCACAGCCCAGCUCUCCCCAGCCCGAGAGCUCGAGGCUCUGAGGCCCACCAAAUCAGCAGAAACUGGCCUGAGCAGGAGUGGGCAAACAAGCAGAGCUGUCAGAGAGGCACACGAAAUGCAAGGGAACAGUCCUCUCAGUACCUUCUUUGGAAGCAGCCCUGGGAAGCAAGAGAGAGAAGACAGUGAGAGAAUGCAGGGAGAUGCCAGCAGGAUGUCCCAGAUGACCAAGGACAUGGCAGUAAGGAUGCUUCACAUGACUCAGUUCCUGAGGAAGAAGGGCCCCAUCACGAGCAAGGAGCAGCUUGUUGCCUGUGCUAGGCAAAUAGCUUCUGAUGGGCAGGCAUUUGUUACAUUUGGCCGCGUCGUUGCAAAGAUGUGCCUGGACAAGAGAUGUUGUGCAGAGCUGCUGUGUGCCGCAGAGCAGACCCACACCAUCAGCAGCCAGCUCGCCAUCGUGGCCAGGGUAAAAGCAGUCACUGCUGAGAGCAAGUCCUCUUCUGAGCUGCUCGUGAGCAACGCGCAGAACCUAAUUCAAGCAGUUUUACAUGUUCUGAAGGCAACCGAGGCAGCGUGCAUCAAAGGCUUGCGACAGCCUGCUCCUGACUCUGAAGAAGCAGCAGCAGCUGCUUUUUGCACCGAGUGGAGGACAAACCUGUUGUGGCACAGAGCCGAGCAACGCUUGAACUCAGACAGGGAUGAAUUGGGCCUCCGCAAGACUCAGGCGAGGGCUGAGCCCACGCUCACAGCCAUGGUGCAAGGACGGUCACCUCCGAGCGGCAGCACCCCCAGGUGUCCCAAAUCAAUUGAAGGACUAUAUCCAACUAUGGGCAGCCACCUCUAGCAACAGGAAGGCAUUGCUCUGCUGCUGCUGAGCUGCCCAACCUUGCAGAUGUGAGACAGCUGGGGCUCUGCUGCAGCGAGGCUUCUGAAAUGCUGAUGAAUGGAAGACGCCGUUUCGUGAGGUCCCUUCACUGCAUCAAGAAGUGCCAGUUUUUGUGCUCUCCAGAUGCAAGCAGGAGGAUGCAGGAACACGCUUGUAGCAGCAGCAGCAGCAAACGUGGCUGGUAGGAUCAGAGUGUUGCUCAUCUGUACCAGAAAGCCUCAGAGCUGGGAGGUCUUCCUCAGGGCCCUAUCACACUCCUCUUCAUCCAGCAGUAUUGCACGAUGCUAACAGACACCAGCCCACCAAGGGGAGCUGCAGGACAUUCUCAGCAACCAUCACCUUUUCUUCGACAGUAACACGACCCACAGUGCUACAAAACCCUGAGCAAAGAACUGAAUGAGGACGACUAAGGAACGUGGCCGCUGACUUCUGAAAUGCAAAGGAGGCCGUUAAACGUUCUGCACUUUGCAAUAAUAAAUUCACUUUUAUCGUGAAGGAUUCACAUUCUUUCCCUUGCAGCAGAAAAAUAUUUAAGCAGGCUACAUUUGGAAGCUAGAAACCUCGUUAAUAGUCUUCUUAUCAUGGGGCAGCAACAGCAGGUGCUGAUCUAGGAAUGCUCGUCUUCCUGAAUUGCAGAGAUCAUUUUUCACUAGUCCAGGGCCACAGGAGCAUUUUGUCACAUCACCAUCACAGUAAAACAUUCAGUGCUGAUGCUCACCCACCUUGCAACUCUAAUGGCAUCUGGGACAUCCAGGACCCCCAGUACUGGCUGCUCCUGUUGCUGCUCUUCACAGCCUCAGAAAUGAGUUGAAAGCGUCCGAGGGAAACGCCGCUCUGUGCUGGAGGAAGAGAUGGAAGCAAGUGCUUUCCCUGCAAAAGACACAAUCAUUUCUCACAGCACGUCUGAGCUCAGUGUGGCAGGACUGUCCUGGCCCCAACACCUUCCUGCCCCUCUGCUGGGCUCAGACACCCCCCACACCUUCCCUUGGCUUACAGGGUAGGUCAGUACUUGCACGGUAGCAAUGAAUCCUCUCCACGUUUCAAGAGGGAGCAGUAGCAGCAGGCACACCAGAGCCUCGAGCUCAAGGAAGAAAUCUGCAACAAACAAAACAAGCACGGGCAGAGGAGAGGAAGCAGCCCACGGACACUUGCACUGCAGCUGGGGAUGCCCUCGCAGAGCUGCUGGCCAGGCCCAGAUGAAUCGUGGAUGGAUGGAAGGAGAAAGGUUUCACAUGGAGACAGUAAGUUGCAAGGAGAAGCCAGCCCCCCUCAGAUUACAUGUUCUCCUUACCUUGUCCUCCUUCUCACCCCAAAGAAGCCUCACAUGACAUUAAAGGCACCAACACAGCAGUCCAUCUCCUGGGUUUGAAACCAGCAUUCCGGGUCCCCUUACCAAAACACAACCCAUUUUCAUCUGCAACUCCCAAAGGGAUCCACACCCGGACCGACAGCAAACCACCUGAGAUCCUCCAACUAUCUCAACUGCAAGGCACAACAUUUUGCCCCCGCUAUCAACACGUUUCCUUCGACCCUCAUUUUCCCAAACGCUGAAACCAAGUCAGAGUUCAAUUUGAUGACGGUAUCUUCACUGCUCUCAAACCACCACUGCCUUCAACAACACCGAAUGUGCAGCACCAUCAC